CCUGCCGUAGGCACAUGAGUGCCUGAUGUUUUCAUGAUGACUGUCAAUAAAAGCAGAGGUCACAACUCCAUCCAGGCGGUGCUUCUCCUUCUCACCUGUUUACAACAGUGCCAGUCCAGUCCUCACCGUCACAACAGCGAACCUCUUUUAGGCGUAUUCAAAGAGAUUACAAAGUACUCUGACAUAGCUCAACAAAUAAUAGAUCUAGCAGUGUAUGGAAAAGCCCAGAAUCGCUCCUACGAGAGACUGGCCUUGUUCACUGACACUAUAGGAAACAGAGUCAGUGGUUCAAAGAACCUGGACCUGGCCAUCAAAUACAUGUACAAUGCUUUGACACAAGAUGGCCUGGAGAAUGUACAUCUAGAACCGGUGAAGAUCCCUCACUGGGUGCGAGGGAAAGAGAGUGCUGUAAUGCUUCAGCCGAGAAACCACACGCUAGCUAUACUGGGACUGGGCAGUAGUGUAGGAACUCCACCAGGAGGCAUAGAGGCUGAAGUAUUGGUGGUGGAGUCUUUUGAAGAGCUGAAGAAGAGGGCGAGUGAGGCUAAAGGGAAAAUCGUAGUGUAUAAUCAGCCAUUUGUAAGCUAUGGGGAGACUGUAGCUUAUCGGGCAUCAGGGGCCUCAGAAGCAGCGAAAGUUGGAGCCGUGGCGUCCCUCAUUCGUUCAGUAACUCCAUUCUCCAUCAACAGCCCUCACACUGGCUGGCAGUGGUACCAGCCUGGAGUUGCUCAGAUCCCCACCGCCUGCAUCACCAUCGAGGAUGCUCAGAUGAUGGGCAGGAUGGCCCGCAGAGGCCAGAGGAUUGUUGUGCGUUUGACUAUGGGGGCUCAGACACUGCCAGAUGUUGACUCAUUCAAUACUGUGGCUGAAAUCAGAGGCAGUAAACAUCCUGAACAGGUGGUGUUGCUCAGUGGCCACCUAGACAGCUGGGAUGUGGGUCAGGGGGCUAUGGAUGAUGGAGGCGGGGCUGUCAUUUCCUGGGAGGCACUUUCUCUGAUCAAACACUUAGGGCUGCGUCCCAAACGGACACUGAGGGCAGUUCUGUGGUCUGCAGAGGAGCCGGGAGGAGUGGGGGCUGCUCAGUACUUUCAACACCACAAAGCAAACAUCUCGAACUUUGACCUGGUAAUGGAGUCUGACCUGGGCACCUUCAGGCCCCUGGGACUGCAGUUCACUGGGAAUGACAAGGCUCGGGCCAUCAUGAAGGAGGUGAUGAAACUGUUGGCUUCCAUCAACGUCACGUCUCUGGAGCGGAACGGAGAGGGGACGGAUAUUAACAUGUGGAUGCAAGCUGGAGUUCCAGGUGCCAGUCUGCACACUGCAGAUCAGAGGUACUUCUGGUUCCACCACAGUGAUGGAGACACCAUGAGUUUUCAAAACCCAGAGGAGAUGAACCUGUGCUCCGCUUUGUGGGCUGUAGUGGCUUACGUGGUGGCUGACCUGGAGGAAAUGCUGCCCAGAUAACAAGUUACCCUGAAACAAACCUCUCUCCAUCAGCUAACAGCGGCCACAUGAUUCCAGGACACUUUUGUGAUUUGACAUUAUUAGAUCCAUGAUCACUCCAUUAUCAUCCAGCAUACAAUACUGUUUUCUGUCUUGUAUAAUUUAUUUUCAUUUUUUAUUCUUAUGUAAUUCUAAUGUAAUUUCUUUUUAUAUUGUAAAUUCACCUUCAAAAUGAAAAUUCUGUCAUCAUUUACUCACCCUGUUGUCAUUUUAAACCUGUGUGAUUUUCUUCUGCAAAACAUAAAAGAAGAUAUUUUGAAAAAUGUUGGUAACCAGAAAACAUUUGGUCCCCAUUGACUCCUAUUGUAUGGUCAAAAAACCAAGUCAAUGGGGACCAACGGUUUUCUGUUACCAACAUUUAUUAAAAUAUCUUUUGUGUUCUGCAGAAGAAAGUCAUACAGGUUUGAAAUGUGAAGAAUAAAUAAAAUCAAACACUUCAGCCUCUCGUCAAAGUUCUCGCCCAAUCAAAUCCGCUUAAGAAUUCGAAGAGUUCCGCCCCUUCAAUAUGAGAGCUACGGAAGCAGCGCCUCAUAUCAGCCACUUGUUCGCACAUUUAUUAUGUCCUACAUGGUAAAUGACACAUAAUGCAUUAGAUGGGAGAUAGGGGUUGAUAACCAAUCAGCAGCAACCAAUUGCUGGACUGACUGUGCCAUAAACAAAACGCUAUUGGUUAUUUUAAAAAGGGGCGGGGCCACUCAAAAUGUCUCGUGCUCUCUGCAUUUUUCAGUUGAAAUUACGUCAACAUAUCAAAUAAUGCUGCACGUUCCAAGGCUUUGCACUGGGACUUUAAGGUGAAGUUCCAAGCAUGUCAUUUGUGUCAUAAUAUAAGCAUCUGUAAUAAAUGUACAUACAAUGAUAUGAAUAAAGAAUUUCUUAUCCAGUCUA